AUACACACUAGGGAAAGAAAAGAAAUGAUAUUCUAAGCUUAAAUUUCAACGACUUGUAUAGUUCAUUCACAAACAAGAAGCCCUACAUACGUCACCCACCUUCCUACCUUGUAGAUGUAACGAAAAUGCAAGGUCACUACAUACGUCACCGUAUAAACCAUUCUUUUUUCACUCGGUUUAAACUUUAAGAAAGCCAUACUAAUCACCGCCAUCAAUCGUUUACCUUCUCUGUCGGCUAACGAUUCCAACCACCCAUACUUAAACCCUCCCUCACACCCAACCCAAUUCCCCCAUUUCCAAUCCUUCUUUACGUGUUUUCUCUCUUAACCCACUUACCAAAUUCGGUAUAUGCGCUAUACACGUCACCUUAAUCGCCCAAUUUCAACUUUCACUACAAACACCAUGGCAGAAGAAUUCAACUCCUCCGCGGCGGCGGCGACAACCGCCACAUCAAGAUCGAAAAAGUCGUUAUGGCCUUCUGUUCUCCGUUGGAUACCAAGCUCAACCGAUCACAUAAUUAACGCUGAAAAAAGACUUCUCUCUAUUGUCAAGACUCCAUAUACUCAAGAGCAUGUUAAUAUUGGCACUGGACCGCCCGGGUCGAAAGUCAGGUGGUUUCGGUCUGCUAGUAAUGAACCGAGAUAUAUUAACACGGUUACAUUCGAAAGUAAUAAGGACUCGCCCACGCUUGUAAUGGUACAUGGGUAUGCAGCUGCUCAGGGGUUUUUCUUUAGGAAUUUUGAUGCUCUUGCUAAACAUUUUAGGGUCAUUGCGAUCGAUCAACUUGGUUGGGGUGGAUCGAGCAGGCCCGACUUUACUUGCAAAAGUACUGAAGAAACCGAGGCUUGGUUCGUUGAUUCCCUAGAGGAAUGGCGAAAGGCCAAAAACCUUGACAAGUUUGUUCUGCUCGGGCAUUCUUUUGGAGGAUAUAUUGCAGCUAAAUACGCCUUAAAACAUCCUGAGCAUGUGGAACAUCUAAUUUUGGUGGGAUCUGCCGGAUUUACAUCAGAAACGGAUCAUAAAUCAGAAUGGCUUACCAAAUUCAGAGCAACAUGGAAAGGGGCCGUUAUGAACCACUUAUGGGAAUCGAAUUUUACGCCUAUGAAAGUUCUUAGGGGUUUAGGCCCGUGGGGUCCAAAUUUGGUACGCAAAUAUACAAGUGCUAGAUUUGGUGAAGGUGACAUGCUAAAUGAGGAAGAGGCAAAAUUACUUACAGAUUACAUAUACCACACUUUGGCUGCCAAGGCAAGUGGAGAGCUUUGUUUGAAAUACAUCUUUUCAUUUGGUGCAUUUGCCCGAAGCCCUCUAUUACAAAGAGCUUCAGAGUGGAAAGUGCCAACGACCUUUAUAUACGGCUUUCAAGAUUGGAUGAAUUAUCAAGGGGCGGUAGAUGCACGAAAAAACAUGCCUGUUCCCUGUGAAAUCAUAAGAGUCCCAAAGGCUGGUCAUUUUGUGUUUCUAGACAAUGCAAACGGAUUUCACUCUGCUGUACUAUACGCUUGUCGCAGGUCUCUUUCAUCAGAUCCUAAUAGUUAUUCUCUGUCGGAAGGUGUUAUUUCCAUUUAGUAUCAUUCAUUUAGAUUAUGUACAGGAUUUCAUUUACUUGAUCGAGUAAAAAUUAAAUAUGUUAUCAGAAUAUGUUUGUAAUUCGUGAGUCGAUUAAUAAGUGGGAUCACAAUCUAGCUCAUGUUUCAACUGUUUUAACUAAAUAGAUUAUAAUAUAUGGUGAAUUAUGGUAUAA